AUGCAGGAGGUUCUUGGAAUAACCAAUUUGGGCGGCAUGGGUUCAUAUAUGGGUUUACCUGAGAGUUUAGGGGGGUCUAAAACACAGGUUUUCUCUUUUGUUUCGGAUAAACUUCAAAAUCGGACAAAUGGUUGGACGGCGAAGUUACUAUCCAAAGGAGGUAAAGAGGUGAUGAUUAAGUCUGUUGCGACUGUUGUUCCGACUUUUGUGAUGUCUUGCUUCCGGAUACCGAAAACGAUCACAUCCAAACUUACUAGUGCACUGGCAAAUUUUUGGUGGAGUACACAUGGUCAGUCAGGGGGUAUGCAUUGGCUUGCUUGGGAGAAAUUAUGUUGCAGUAAGCAACUAGGUGGCUUGGGGGUUAGGAAUGUCGACGAUUUUAAUUCGGCUUUACUAGCUAAGCAAUAA